CAUCAUCAUCAUCAUCAGAAAAUUAUUUAAGACUAUCAAGUAUUUCAGAAGAUCCUAGCCGAUAUGUAGAGGACAUUAUGUCGAGAUUGUGCUUUUGUUAUAAUUUUCAAAGAAGUUUAAGUGGCAGCAUUUCCGAUGAAGCGAUCCAAGUAGAAUUCUCACGAUUCGGUCAGGGAAUUCUCUGGAUACCAUUAUUUAUACCAUCGUCAAUAACGAUUAUUAACCAAAUUUGUAGAACAAACAGAUUGUUACAACCCCAACAAAGACAUCAAACAAUGUGUGCAUUGAACAUAAAUGCGUUUGUACGAUCAAAAAGUUCACGUUUAAUUUGGGUUGCAGUUUCGCAUCCGGCAAGUAAUUUACCACCAAUAUUAUUCAAUACAUCAGCAAAUUUAAUGCAAUCAUCCAUAAAUAAUACAUGGAUGACCUCCAUUAUUUAUGAUUAUGCUGAAUCGAUGUGUCCCAUUCUAAUGCGAAGGUUUCAGAAUAUGCCAAAUUGUAUUGGCAGACUUAGUAUUUGGAGUAAGUUAAUUACCUCAGCUGGAAUGAUUCAUUUUUUAAUGGAUUGUUUUUUUUUACGUCGUCCUACUCCAAAUAGCCUCGAAUCAUAUUUCGAUAAUCUAGAUCCACCUUUUUGAUGAGGAAAUACAUAUUGAAUAAAUCAAUAAAGCGCUGCCACCUGUUGAAAAGUUUUAUUUUGUUAAAUUCUCAUUCAACUUAAUUUCGUAUCCAAAUCUUGAAAGUACC